AUGUCCUCGCAAACAGUUCCUCAAACAGCAUCCUCGCAAACGGCUUCGCAAAGCCAAACAGGCUCCGAAGCAGCUUCACAGCAAAUGGCCCCCCCUCCAGUACCCAACUCGCCCGCUCUGAACAUCCUUCCUUCAAACCAGCCCGCCGUCAACAACGCUGUAUCCUCACCUCCGUUGCCUUCUCCUCACUACCUUCCUGCCAGCAUCCCCAUGAAAGACAACGCAGGCGUUGAUAGUGGUCUGGGACCAACACGACAUCCUCGUCCUCUUACCGCCGCUGAUCUGCAUUUGCAACUGGAGAAGGAACAAGAGGCAGUUGUUAACCGCCUCAGCCGCGAACUCAGCAUGCUCCGCGCUGCCCAGAACGCAUCCGUUGUCUCGAAUGCAUCGGUAAUCUCGAACGCAUCCUCGGCUUCAGCUAGCGCCUCAGGUGCUGAGUCGGUACCCAUUGGCGACGCGUAUGUUGGAUCCGGUGCUCCAGGACUGUCCCAUCACCGUGUUAGCAUGCACCAUCGUACAUCUUCUAGCGCCAGCACGCGCAGCCUCACAGCCAACGCCGGUUCUGUCUCAGCAUCACUGGCCGGUAUCUCUUCGCCUGCCCCGAUCCGUCCGACCCAACCUCUCCCCAUAGGCGGUACCAGCUUAAGCAGGCAAAAUAGUGCUGCUUCCAGACGGAGUCAGGCAGGCUCGCCAUCCUCGGCUCACUUCAUGGGCAACUACUCGGGCGCUCUUCCAACGCAUAGUUUCACGCCCUCGUCGAACCCCAGUGAUCCCUCCACAGUCAACUAUUUUGCCCAUCGUAUGUCCGGCGCAUAUCAUUCAAUGGCUGCAACUUCCGGAUCGGUCCCAGCCAGUGAGCAUUCCCCGGCUAUCUUGCCAGGAACCCCUCGCUUUGAGGAGACCGCCUUCUAUCGUGGCGAACUUGAGAAUGUGAAGAGAGAGAAUGAGGCGCUGAAACGACGAGUCCGGGAGUUGGAACGCAUGGUCCGCGAGCGACGGGCUAGUGAUGCUAGCCGCGCAAGCCAAGGCGGCGCAGGCUCACUAGCACCGCGGACCCGGAGCGAUAGUACUAGUACCACUGCCAGCGUUAGUGUUACAGCUAGUACUGCUGCCACCGGCGGUGUCAGCAUUGCUGCGCCGAGAGAUGCUGAUUCUACGGCAAGAACGGAGCGACCGAGAAUAGUCAGCGCAAUCAGCAGCGUCGCGGUUGGUGUGCCGGAGGACGAAGUGAGGGUUGGCGAGAGUGCCGCUAGCUCAGGCCUUAGAGAUCAUGAGAGAGGAAGAAAGCAGGACAAGGGCCCAGGCGCAGAGGGACAGGCACAGGCUUAG